AUGGAGUUCUUGGCCUGCCCCAAAAAAGGAUGUUCUCGUCACAUCACGGAACGAGGACUCGUUUUUCCAAACUUGUAUCAAAGACUUUUCCAAGGCAUUCAACCGCCUCAUUUCAACGCAACAACCAAGGUGUGGUGUGUCCGUGAAGAGUUAGUUACCGAUCGUCAAUAUGCUUGGUACUUUCUCGGUACAUCUUAUCUUCAACCUGGUCCAAAUAAGAUUAUGACCCCACGUGAGCUUCUUUGUGCCAACAUGUGGGGGAUGCAUGCAUAG